UGGCCACAUUAUCAUUAAUUUUAUACAUGAUGUAGAUGUUCUCGUUUACAUGUACACGUACUGCCAGCUACGGAAAACGUCAAAUUCUGUUACGCAGAAAUGUCAGUUUUGUGCAAGAACGAAUACCUGCGUGGUUCCUGAGUUUUUAUUGACGAAGUGAAACUAAUUAGUGACGAGGGAAAAGCAACAGCAAUGGGCCGGCGCCAGCAGCGACCAUGGCGACAUAGAAGAAUAUGCGCCAUGACAGGCUGCUCGCACAAUGCACUAACUUGUCCAAGUCAUUCCUUUUUCGGUUUUCCCCCCAAAUCAGAGGUCAGACGCUUACGGCUGUGGAUAACCUUGUCUGGAAGGGCAGGUCGUCGUAGGCAUGAUGGCUCUCCGUGGACACCAGCAUCGUCAACCAGAAUAUGUGCCUGCCACUUUGAAGGGGGGCGGAAAUGUAACGAUCCCACACUGAAGACAGGGGCUGACUACUCUGAGAUCAUUGCCAAGUACAAAAAAGAAGGCACCCCCCUGGUAUCUGUGGACCACAACUACGUCAGCGGCUGUCGCCUUUUAAGGCCACCGGCGAGGAAAACAUACACGCACCGUCAAAUCCAGACUGACAUCCCUGAGGAGAGUCCUUGUAAGUGUGGCCGGACCCACACCGAAGUCCUGGCAGUGUACUGCUGCAAGGACGGCACCGAUGUUGGAACUCAGAUGUCCAUCCGUAGAGAACCUUGCGCAAGCCCCGAGAGUAAGCACCAGAAUGCUAGACAUGAUGCUCCCUCUGAAAUGCCCCAGUCUGAGGGAAUUAGUGGAAAGGACGAGACAGAUGGAGCCCACAGUGACAGCAUCUAUGAGAUGACAGGCAUCCAGCCAAAUGUUUUCUUCCUCCUGCUCUCAUUGCUGCCAAGCAGAUCCAAAGGGUUAAGCUUGGACACUUGUCUGCGUAUAUUUCUCAUGAAGUUGCGCUUCGGCCUGUCAUUUUCAAUUUUAGGGGAAAUUCUCUCGGUGUCCAGGUCCACUGCCUCCAGGAAUUUUCAAUUUGUGCUGGAUAACCUAGCCAGAUCCACGCAAGACUGGAUUAUUUGGCCCCCAUCCGAAACUGUCCGCUCAUCGCUACCCCCUUGCUUUUCUGAGCACCCGAAUGCCAGGUGCAUCAUUGACUGUCUGGAGUUCAAAACGGAGAGACCACCAACUGUGAAAGGCAAGGCUUUAAUGCAUUCAGACUCCAAGGGCAUGUACGCUUGCAAAGCAUUGGUCGGUUACUCUCCACAUGGGUUAAUCUCAUUUUUGUCAAAGACGUUUGCCGGCGGAACGCCCGACAGUCAGAUCACGGUGGAGUCCAGUUUUCUGGACCUGCUGGAGCCAGGCGAUAUCGUAGUAGUGCACAGCGGCUUCCCUGCCAUUGAGACACUGGUAGCCGGGAGGCAGGCGACCGUUGUCAGACCUCCUUACGCUGUUCCAAACCAGCAACCAAAAGAGGAAGACUUAGAGUCCAUCAACAGCUCAUCUUUGCUGUGGGACCACGUCGAACGAGUUGUGGGCCGACUCCGCAUGUACGACAUUCUCAAUGUAACCUUCCCCAACGAACUGCUGCAGUUUGUGAGUGUAAUCGUACACAUGUGCGCUGUGUUGGCCAACCUGGAAGAGUCCUGUGAUGCAGUACGUUGAGUUGGGGCUUUUUCCUGUUAUAAACAGUGCAAGUGUGAUGAGCCGAUUUGCAUUCUGAUCGCACAUGUUCCAAAUAAAGUGUGUUGCAGGUCAUUCAAGAGCAUGAGCGCAUGCAACAGAAGUCAGACCAGUACGCCGACACAUACAUGCAUGCUCUGAACAUGUUUGAGCUGGCAUACAUGUAACUUCAGACACAUGAACUUUAUUUCACUGUACAAUGUGCAGUGCUGUGCAUAUAUCCAUUCAUCAUGUUCAUGUAUGUGGAUAUGUGAGUGCGACUGGGUAUUAGCCUUCGUACUGAUGAUGUAGCACUUGGUUUCGAUAUGCACCUUUCCAUAAGGCAGUGGGGCCCAUGGUCCAUUGAGCACCAUAUGUAGGAAAGUACCGAACACAUAAACCGAGUGUGGCUUUAUCAUUAUAGAGAUUUUCAGCUAUGGUUUUUUCAUUGGCAUUCAAAGAGGCCAUUUAAAGGUUACCUGUACCAUAGAGCAAGAACAUAGUCAUUGUUCUUUGCAUGUACAGGCAGGCCCUUUUCACGUGCCCUUUUGCAGACUUCCUUAUUGCAUUUGGACUACCUGAUUAAGUGUUCCCAGAUGUAAAGUCCGUCACUGCUACAAUGCAAAAUUCGUAGCCUAAAAAUGAAGAACAGAGCAAGUCAGAGUCAAUUGAUAUGAAGCUUGAAUGUGCUGCGCAUUGCAACAACCAGCAGAAAAUCCAUUCCCACUUUGGGAGUUUGAACAAAGACGAUCAGAUUCCAUCCUGUAGUUUUGAAUCUCCAGGAUCCCGUCCAUUAAAAAAGAAAAAAAACAUCCCUUCUAGGCUGUCCUGUUCUAGUCAUCCCAACAAUUUGGUUGUGUUCUUGCAUUGGGUCCGUAAACUUGGCCCAAAAUUAUGCUAAGCGUUGCACAGACUCUUUUGUCAUGGUGUUUGUUGACAAAACCAAAUGCUGUAGCAUGAGCAAGCUUCUUUGCUGUGCUUUCAUACAUGUACCUGUUUUAUUUACUGCUUGGAAUUUUAGAUGUUUUUUUCUUGCUGUUGUUGACCCAUGUUAUUAAAAUGAUAUUUUGUCCAGUACCAUCUAUAUUCUUGUACUGAGGCAUUUAUCAUAAUUGGUUUCAGUUUUCCACAGUCCACCAAGAUUCUGUAUGUUUGUCUGUGGAGUUUGCACAUUACUCCAAAACCCUACUUGGACCAUCGAAAUUAUGCAACAUGUUGGUGUGAUUUUCCCUUGGAAA